UGACGCACCCAGACCGGAAGCUUUGUACAAAUUAAAUAAGUUUGUGCGGGGUUCAGCGCGUGCAGACAUUUCUGGCUAAUCACGGUCAUUAUCCGUCUUCAUUGCAACCAUGUCUACUGAAAAAUGUUUCGCCAAAGGAAGCCCUGCACCUGGUCCUGUUCCCAAAGACCAGAUACGUCUCUACAGCAUGAGAUUCUGCCCUUUUGCUGAAAGAACUAGAUUGGUGCUGAACGCCAAAGGGAUCAAGUAUGACACAAUCAACAUCCACUUGAAAGAGAAACCUGACUGGUUCCUAGAGAAGAAUCCACUUGGUCUUGUACCUGCACUGGAGACACCUGCUGGUGAAAUAAUAUACGAGUCUCCAAUCACCUGUGAUUACCUGGAUGAAGUGUAUCCUGAGAAGAAACUCCUUCCAUCCUCUCCUUUUGGAAAAGCCAAACAAAGAAUGCUGCUGGAGCAUUUUUCAAAGGUAAUACCCUAUUUCUACAAGAUCCCAGCGGCAAGAAGGAAUGGAGAGGAUGUUUCUGGACCAGAAGCUGAGCUGAAAGAGAAGUUUUCUAAAUUGAAUGAGCACUUGGAGAAGAAAAAGACCAAGUUCUUUGAAGGUGACAGCAUCACAAUGAUUGACUACAUGAUGUGGCCUUUCUUUGAGAGGAUUGAGGUCUUGGAGCUGAAGCACUGCCUGGACCACACACCUGAGCUGAAGAAGUGGGUAGAGCGCAUGCUAGAGGACCCAGCUGUUAAAAACACCCUGUACAGCAUGGAUACCUACAAAGCCUUUUACAAGAGUGUCGCUGAAGGGAAACCUGACUAUGACUAUGGCCUUUAAAAUAAAAGGCUGUUUUUCCGUCCAUUAAUCUGCAGGCCUCAGGUCAGAUCUGCCAUCAGAUAUCAUCCAUCCAAUGUUUUCUACACUUUAUAUGAUAGAGGUAGUUUGUUCUAGGAGGAAAUUAUAUCUUUAAGAAAAAUGAAUUUGCAAUUUGUUUGAGUUUCUGAUUUCAAUAAAAAACAAAAAUGGUUGAAAUAUGUUUUGUGUCUGAUUGUGUUUUAUUGAAACGUGCAUAUAUCAGACAUCAAUUCAAAAGAGUAAUCACAAUAACAGUUCCUUAAAUGGAAAGGUAUCAGCUGCCUUUUGCUUAACAAGAGUUUUGAGAGAAAAAAGCUUUUAAAGUUAUGUAAGCUACAUAUUUAACAACAUAUGUUACGCUGGUUUGCCAUUAUAACACUACAGUGACUGCAAAACCACUAAACUUAUCUCAGAAAAGAUGACACAACUGUUGUAAAUAUAUUUAAAUAUUAACCCUUACUACUUCUAAAUGAAGGUGCUAAGAGUGACCUGCACUCGAGCCGGUUAUUAAUUAACACUAACCCCCUGGGUGAACUGCACCUUUAUGCUGAUUGGCCAACAAUCUCCUAACAUUCGUUCCCCUGGCAGAUUAAGAUCUAAAAUCAUUCAUUCCAUCAACUGUUUCUUACAAGAAUCUAAGUUGGCACACCUACUCACAAAAAAA